AGGCCAGGGGGACGCGCAGGGACGGGACUGGAGCAGAGGUGGAGUCUUGGCGGACCCCCGCUUACGUCUGAUUUCAUCAUGUCUUCGGAGGAAAAUGCUGCAAACCAGACUUCCCCCCAGAAUGAGGAGCCAGGGCAGCAUCAACAGAAUGUCGUGAGCAGGGUGGCCAACCUGCCCUUGGUCAGCUCCACCUAUGACAUGGUCUCCACGGCCUACGCCUCCACCAAAGAGAAUCACCCGUACAUCAAAUCCGUCUGCGACGUGGCGGAGAAAGGCGUGAAGACCAUCACCGCCGCGGCUGUGGGUGGCGCCCAGCCCAUCCUGACCAAACUGGAGCCACAGAUUGCAACAGUGAAUGAGUACGCGUGCAAGGGGCUGGAUAAACUGGAGGAGAAGCUGCCAAUUCUUCAACAGCCAACUGAAAAGGUUGUGGCUGACACCAAGGAGCUGGUGUCUUCCACCGUGACCGGUGCUAGAGAUGCCGUCUCCAACACGGUCAAUGGAGCGAAGGAUGCCGUGACCGGGGUGGUGGACAUGGCCAAAGGAGCUGUCCAGGGUAGCAUGGAGAUGACCAAAUCAGUGGUGACCAGCAGCGUGAACACAGUCAUGGGGUCCAGAAUGGGCCAGAUGGUGGUGACUGGCGUGGAUGCCAUGCUGGGGAAAUCGGAAGAGCUGGUGGAUCACUACCUCCCCAUGACGGAUCAAGAACUAGCUAAACUGGCCACGUCUGUGGAAGGCUUCGAAAUGGCGUCCGUGGAGCAGCAGAAGCAGCAGCAGAGUUACUUCGUGCGCCUGGGGUCCCUGUCCACCAAGCUCCGCCACCGAGCCUACCAGCACUCCCUGGGCAAGCUGAGGCAUGCCCGGCAGAGCACCCAGGAGGCUCUGUCCCAGCUCCACCAAACCAUAGAACUGAUUGAACAUGUCAAGCAGGGUGUGGACCAGAAGCUCCAUGACGGCCAGGAGAAACUACACCAGAUGUGGCUGGAGUGGAGCAGGAGGCAAUCGGAGGGGAAAGAGGACUCCGACACUGCACAGCCAGAGGUGGAAUCUCGGACUCUGGUCAUGUUCCGUGGCAUCACGCAACAGCUGCAAACCACCUGCCUGAACCUGAUGCCCAAUGUCCAAGGCCUCCCCACCAGCAUCCAGGACAAGGUGCAGCAGCUCCGUCACAACGUCGAAGAGCUCCACACGUCCUUCUCCGCUGCCCAUUCCUUCCAAGAUCUGUCCAGCGCUGUCCUGACCCAGAGCCGGGAGAGGGUGGCCAAGGCCCGGGAGUCUAUGGACGAGCUGCUGGACUACGUGGUGCAGAAUGCUCCCCUGCCUUGGCUUGUGGGACCUUUUGCUCCCAGGCUGGUAGAGCUACCAGAAAUUCCAGCGGCUGGAAAGGAUGGGGAGGAGGAAGCUGCUGGCUGCACCGCCCAGCAAGGAGAAGAUGAGAAGAUGGACAGCACAGCUCAGCAAGCCUCUGUGCCAAAGGAGGACCCUUUUUCACCAGAUUCCACCAUGGCUUCUAAUGACCCCAGUGCUGCUGCUUCCCCAAAGGAUGAGGAGCAGGAGAACAUAGCAAACCGGGUGGCCAACCUGCCCUUGGUCAGCUCUGCCUACGACAUGGUCUCCACGGCCUACACCUCCACCAAAGAGAGCUACCCAUAUGUCAAAUCCGUCUGUGACGUGGCAGAGAAAGGCAUGAAGACCAUGGCUGCGGCUGCAGUUAGUGGUGCCCAGCCAAUCCUGUCCAAACUCGAGCCGCAGAUUUCCACAGCAAACGAGUACGCAUGCAGGGGGCUGGACAAGCUGGAGGAGAAGCUGCCAAUCCUUCAACAGCCAACAGACCAGAUAAUCUCCAAUACCAAAGACCUGGUGACUGCCACGGUGACUGGUGCCAAAGAUGCCAUGAGCAACACCAUGACCGGGAUGGUGGACAUGACCAAAGGGGCUGUCCAGGGGAGCGUGGAGCUGACCAGAUCAGCAGUGACCAGUGGUGUGAACACAGUCAUGGGCUCAGCAGUGGGCCAGAUGGUGGUGAGCGGCAUGGGUGCUGUGCUGGGCAAGUCAGAAGAGCUGGUGGAUCACUACCUUCCUAUGACCGAUGAGGAACUAGCUAAACUGGCCACCUCUGUGGAAGGCUUCGACAUGGCGUCCGUGGAGCAGCAGAAGCAGCAGCAGAGUUACUUCGUGCGCCUGGGGUCCCUGUCCACCAAGCUCCGCCACCGAGCCUACCAGCACUCCCUGGGCAAGCUGAGGCAUGCCCGGCAGAGCACCCAAGAGGCUCUGUCCCAGCUCCACCAAACCAUAGAACUGAUGGAGCACGCCAAGCAGGGCGUUGAUCAGAAGAUCCGUGAUGGCCAGGAGAAGCUGCACCAGAUGUGGUUGGAGUGGAGCCAGAGGCAGCCAAGUCAGAGUAAGGAGAUGGGCUCUGUGCAGCCAGAGCAGGUAGAGGAGCAGGCGCUGGCCAUGUCCCGCAGCCUCACCCAGCAACUGCAGACCACCUGCCUGACUCUGGUGUCCAGCCUGCAAGGCCUCCCUACUGACCUCCAGGACAAGGUGCAACUGGUUCGUCACCAUGUUGAAGAACUACGUACUUCGUUCUCCGCUGCCGGCUCCUUCCAUGACUUGACUGGCAGCGUCUUGGCCCAGAGCCGUGAACGAGUGACCAAGGCCCGCAAGCUGGUGGAUGAGCUGAUGGAUCAUGUGGUGCAUAAUGUCCCCCUUUCUUGGCUAGUGGGACCCUUUGCCCCAUCAGGCAAGCAGCAGGAGGAAAUGGAGAUGGAGUCGUGUCCUGCAGAUUGAGGACUUAAAGGGGCUCUCCUAAGCAUAGAGCUUCAUGGGGGGUUUGGGUAACUCAUGCCACUUGUCACUUCCUGUCACAUAUCUAGCCUGGCUCCAUAUCUAGAUAGCAGCACUUGGUGUUUGGAUACAAGUGCCUCAGUCCUGGCAUCCAUCUUGCCUCGCUUAGGUUUGUUCUAUCCCACUAAACACUUGGAGGAGGAACUUAUCCUGCAUCUCACAGGUGUGGCUGUCUCCCAAACCUGCCUGUGGGCUGGGUCAGAGGCUUACCAGCAAAACUGAUUCCCUCUGACU